CAACAAAUCACUAAGCUGGGCCUGACAAUGGAUCAUCAGACAGGUGUCACCAGAAACCAAAGUGGACCUCAAGAAUCUGCCAAUCUGGUUUACAUUGAGAGAGUAGAGGAGAAUCUGAAGCAGAACGGAGUGGUACGUAGACAGUUUCCUGUAAAGCUGGCCUUUGCAUGCACAGUACAUAAAACCCAGGGCCUCACAACAAAUGCAGCUGUGGUGUCGCUCAAAAAAAUCUUUGAACCGGGGAUGGCAUAUGUAGCUCUCAGCAGGGUGACGUCUCUCAGUGGUUUAUAUCUACAGGAUUUGGAUGAAAAGAAAAUCUUUGCCAAUCCUGAAGUCACUGCAGCACUUCAGACCAUGAGACAAGCCAGUAUGGAUCACAUGAUGCCUCUUCUUCAGGUUGGGGAAGUAGUAAACAGGCCUGACACCGUGACACUUGUUCAUCACAACACAGAGGGGCUGCCAUCUCAUAUCGAUGACAUCCAGAAACACCAUGAACUGUGCCUGGCAGACGUGUUAUGUUUGACUGAAACUCAUUUGAAAGGUUCUUUUGUUGCAGACAAUCUUCAUCUGGACGGCUUCAACAUGUUCAAACGCAACAGACAUACAUCCUAUACCAACUUUCCACAGAUGGGCAGCAAAGGUGGUGGUGGAGUUGCUGUGUAUGUGAGAAACCACAUUCAGGUGUGUGAAAGAAAGUACUUCCACAAUGUGACUGAUCUGGAGUUUGUGGCUUUGAGGGUUGAGGCUCCAUUCAGGGCAGUGAUUGUAGCUGUGUACAGACCUCCUGAUUACAAUCUGAGACCCUUCCUGGAAAAUCUGGUGAGUCUUUUAGAUGCACUGGACGUGUUAAACUGUCAUCCUAUCAUUGUAUGUGGAGAUUUCAAUGAAAAUCAGAUCCUUAGGUCAUCAAAGCCAAUUCUGGAGCUGUUUCUGUCACGGGGAUAUGUACAGCUGAUCACUUCUCCCACCACAGACAAGAACACACUACUUGAUGUCAUUUUCAUUUCUCAGCCACAGCGAUGUCUUCAUUCGGGUGUCAUGAGAACCUACUACAGCUACCACAACCCAGUGUUUUGUGUUCUAUCUACCACUGAAACAUGAAGAAGAUGGUGAGUCUAAAAAUGUAUGAACAAUCUAAGAAAUUUUUAUUUAAAAUGUUUUAAAGAAGUGUUUUAUCCUGAAAUAUAAUUAACUGUAAUAUGCUUUCAAAUUGUAUCUUUAUGCAGAGAAUAAUGAAAAGUAUGACAGGGUUACUGUUGACUAAGUUUAUGGCGGACAGCCAAGGUCUAUGACUUUGUUUUAUUUUUUUAAUAUUUAACUAAAGAUAGAAAACACUGUGAGAAUAAUAUGGAGUAUAAAUGUCAUUGAAGAAACAGUUUAGUUGUUACAAUAUUUAAUUAAAUUUGGGUUUUUCAGAAUAUCGAUUUAACCAGAUAUUGUAAAUAAUAAGACAUUGAGAUUUAAUGACAAUUUUGGUAGAUGUUUAGAUUUUUCCAGAUAUUGAAGUUUUGCCCAUGAAAACAUAUAGUGAUAACAAAUAAAGUCAUAUUUUAAUAUCCCACAUUAUGGCCUGUGCAUUUAUCUGGGUGGGUUGGGUCAGGGUUGAUAAAUGCACAGGCCAUGGGUCUCUUAGCAGUUCUUUAAAAGCUACUUUAUUUAGCAGGACUCGGAAAAACAUCUGAUAGCCUGAGUUCUGUGUUUCACACAGAGCAGAGGCUUUCCGAUAUCCCAAGACAUACCAGCUGAUAUCCCACUGAUUUGGGGGACAAGUAGGUUGGGGGUGGGGUGGGUGGUCAAAGAUCUAUAACUGUACUAUAACUGUUUAGAUGUUUAGAUGCGUUUCCUUCAGAUAGGAUGCAUGUUCUCCUGUAUCCUCCAUCCCAACAUCCCCCUCCACAACUCUACACUUCAACAUCAUCUCCAUGAACAGCACGGACCACAACAGUAUGGAGGAAUCUCCCACUUCCUGCCAUCCCAGACUUUCUUAAAAAUAGAAGAUAAAAGAUUUCCUUUUAGUCCUGAACCCACCACCUAACUUUGAAAAAAGCCUUAUAAGCCGGUUGUCACAUGGAGCUGACUACUGUUGGAUCACACAGAGGCAUGUCAUCCUGCUGCCAAUGUGCGGGGUUCUUCUCUUCUCAUGACAAGGUCACAUCCUAUGUCAUAGUUCUGCCUUCCUCUUCUGUGAGUCCUUAAUGGUGACACCUUCUCAGCUAAAGAGGAACAUAUCAAUAUCUGCAUGUUAAACUUCACCCACAGAUGGUUGGUGCUGUGCGGCAAAGUUGAAGGACCAAGUCUCACUUCCUCUCUGCAUGCCAAGAUCUUCGAUCUCCAGCUGAGAUAAACUGCUGCAUAGUUUUUGGCGGGUGAUCAGAUGUUGCUCUUGACAAGUAGCAGCCAUGUUUGUCCAUCUGACUUCCUGUCCUGUGUGCAGCAGCAGGCCAUCAUACUGGGCAUCUGGAAUAAAAAUACUCCUGCUUUUCUCCGGCUGUUCUGCAACAGCAAAGGUCACAAGGUGGGA